UCCCUAAAUCAGUUCGCAUCAUUUCUUAGAAGAGAACUGUUGUCUCCCAGUAUGAAGCUGAUCGUAGCAACGGUCGCUGUCUGUCUGGCCAUCGUGGUCAGCGGAUCAUUGAUCACAGAUGAUGAUAGACGCGAUGAUAAACGUGAUGAUAAACGUGUUGCUGACAAGGAAAUCCUGAAGAAGCAAAAAUUCUUCUUUGAAGUUUUGCGCAAUAUCCACAUGCCGCUGAAGUAUGAUGAAUAUUUACCGUACACCAAAACUAUUGUCGAGGACAAAACCAAGUAUGAUGACUACGACGUCGUCAAGGACUUCCUUGACAUGUACAAGAAAGAUCUGUUCCUGGACAAGGGCGAGGUGUUCACCGUCUAUAAUAAGUAUAUGCUGAAACAGACCUACAAGCUAUUUAAAUUCCUGUAUAAUGCAAGAGACUGGGACACUUACUACAAGAAUGUUAUUUGGGCCCGCGAACAUAUCAACGAAGGCAUGUUUAUCUACGCCGUUACGCUAACUGUCCUGCACUGCAAAGAUCUCCGAGGAAUUGUGCUUCCACCGAUUCAUGAAAUCUACCCGUAUUACUUCUUCAACAACGAUUUGAUCAAGUCAGUCUUCGACCGUAAGAUGUUCGAUCCUAAGUUUGGAUUCUAUGGCGAUGGAAAAUACAACGUCGUUUAUUCGAACUUCACCAUGACCUAUCCUUUGGAGGAUAAGGACAAAGACAAGGAAAAGGACAAGGAUCGGCAUUUCCAUGACUAUAGAGAUCUGGACUACUACCACGAAGAUGUUGGCCUUAACUCAUUCUACUACUACUUCAAGCUGGAUUAUCCUUUCUUCCUUGACAAUGACAAGUUUGAUUUCAAGAAGGAACGCAGAGGAGAGCUAUAUCUUUAUAUUCACCAUCAGCUUUUGGCCAGAUACAAUCUCGAAAGGUUCUCACAUGACAAACGUCGCAUUAUGGGCUUAACCUGGCGAUUCCCAUUGAAGGAUGGUUAUUUCUCUUUACUGAGCUACGCGAAGGGCAUUCCAUUCAAGAGCAGAGACGAUAAUUACAUGAUCAGAGAUGUCGACUACUAUAAGGUCGACUGGAUUAAGGACUGGGAAAUGAGAAUGCGCAAAGUAAUUGACGACGGUUACUACCUGAAGGAUGAUGGAACAAAAAUCGACUUGCGCAGAUGGGACAGCAUUGACUUCCUUGGAAAAAUGCUAAACUGUAUGGACGUAGACAAAGAUGACAAAAAAGAUGACAGGAGAGUCGACAAUAAGUGCAAAUUUGGAUUCAUUGAAAUGUUGUCCCGAACUGUUCUCAGUGGAAUGGAUUUCAUGACAAAGAAGACGUGGCCAACGGUAUUGAUGCAUUUCGAGACUUCUCUACGCGAUCCAAUGUUCUACAAAUUGUGGGAUCGGCUGUUGGACGUCUAUCGUCUCUUCAAGAGCUACCUACCUUAUUAUAAGUUCGAAGAACUUAAUUUCAAGGGAGUCGUCAUCAAGGAUGUGGUUGUUGACAAACUGAUGACCUACUUCGAAUACUUUGAUUCAGAUGUUUCCAAUGUUGUUCCAAUGACUGAAGUUCGUAAAUACUUCGACUUCACUGUAAAAGGCCGCACCAAGCGUUUGAACCACAAAACCUUCACCUACAAAUUGGACGUUCUGUCUGACACUACUGAUAAAGGUGUAUUACGUGUUUUCAUAGGACCAAAGUUCGACAAACUUAUAGAUUUAGACCGUUAUAAGGACGAUUUUGUAGAAAUCGAUCAUCACGUGGUUGAUCUUGUUGCGGGUAAGAAUACCAUCGUUCGCAACUCUAGGGAUUUCUUCUGGAGCGUUAAAGAUCGCACAACAUACGUUGAACUGUACAAGAAAAUUAUGUUGGCCUUCGAUGGAAGUGAAGAAUUCUUACUGGACAUGUCCGAGGCACACUGUGGAUUCCCAGACCGUCUAAUCCUACCGAAGGGCAAGAUCGAUGGAAUUAGAAGGCAACUCUACUUCAUUAUCACACGAUACACAGGUGACGAUUCUGCGCGCGAUACCGAUUUCGACAAACGAUUUGUGUGCGACGGACGCAGAUACAAGGACAAAUUGCCAAUGGGCUUCCCCUUCGAUCGUGAAAUCAAACACACCUACUGGUACACUAAGAAUAUGCUGUUCAAGGAUGUACUUAUCUACCACAAGGAUGAUGUGAACAGAACCUAUUAACGAGCGAAAUUUCUGAUUAUAUGAUUUUGGUAUGAUUUUGCUUUCCUAGAAUGUAUUUUCAACCGAUAUAAAUAAAUUAUCAAGUAAGCAAAUAAUGACAAA